CUCAAAUUUGUGAUGCCACAGUAGUCGUUUAUGAGUAAGCGCAUAUAUAUACUUCCCGAUGCGGUUGGUUCAUAACAUUAUCCCAAUGGCUUCAUCCAGUACUGCCUCCAUGAUUUUCUUGUCAUUCGCGCUCUCUGUCUUUUCGACAUUUGAGCGCGCUUCAUGUGCUGCCGCUUUCACAAAUGCCACUUGCAUCGAUAGGGAGAGGGAAGCUCUUCUCAAAUUUAAACAAGGCCUCAUCGACAACUCCAGUCUCCUGUCAUCAUGGGUUGGAGAUGACUGCUGCUCGUGGAAGGGAGUCAGAUGCAGCGAACGGAAGGGCCACAUCCUGAAGCUCGACCUUCGAAGUCCAUGUGUUGUGUCCACCUACGCUAUUGCUGAAUCGCUCGACCCAGUAUUGGGGCACGGGAACUGCACUUUGAUAGGUCACAUACAUCCUUCUCUAAUCGAGCUGCAGCAUUUGAAUUACCUCGACCUGAGCUGGAACGACUUUUCAUACACAAAAAUUCCGGAGUUCCUAGGAUCACUCUCUAAUUUGGUGUAUCUUAACCUCUCCAAUGCAUGGCUUGCUGGGGACAUUCCCCUUCACCUCGGGAACCUCUCCCAUCGGCAGUAUCUUGAUCUCAAUCUCAAUAAUUAUGACGUUGGUCUGUUAUGGGUAGAGAGCCUUGAAUGGUUAUCAGGUCUUCCUACCUUGAAACACCUCGACUUGUCUGGCAUCUCCGCUAGGAAUGCCCAAGGCUGGUUGCCGUCAAUGUCCAUGCUUUCUUCUCUUCAAUUCUUGGGAUUAGCAUACUGUCAACUCCCAAAGGUCGACCCAGCAGCCUUGCAAGUGAAUUUCAGUACUUCGCUGGAGUUUCUUGAUCUGAGUGAUAAUAAUUUAGGCUCCGUCAUUCCUAAUUGGUUGCUCAAUUUAAGCUCCAUCACACACCUCGAUCUCUCCUAUAGUUUUGAAGGAGCCAUCUCCUUUCCCACUGAGAUCAUCAAUAAUAACAAACAGCUCGCCUUCCUUGAUCUGGGGCAUAAUUCCAUGAGAGGUGAGCUGCCAAAGAAUCUCAGCAAUCUCUGCCACCGGGUUGCGUUGAGAUUGAGAUUUAAUGACUUGACUGGAGAUAUUUCUGCUGCAUUAGGCAAUCCUUUCAGCUGCCUCCAGAAUACGUUGAGAUAUCUAGAUCUCAUGGAGAAUAAAAUCAGUCGUUUGGGGGAUGAAAUUGGGUACUUCAAGAACCUAGAGUAUAUUGACCUUUGGGGAAACUCAAUCGAGGGUCCAAUUCCAUAGUCUCUGCCUCAACUAUCCUCUUUGAAGCACUUGAAUCUCAGGGGCAACAAAUUGACGGGCAGAAUCCCAGAAAGCAUCGGGCAGCUGUCGAACCUAGAGUAUUUUGACCUUUGGGAAAACUCAAUCGAGGGUCCAAUUCUAGAGUCUCUGCCUUAACUAUCCUCUUUGAAGCACUUGAAUCUCAGGGACAACAAAUUGAUGGGUAGAAUCCCAAAAAGCAUCGGGCAGCUGUCGAACCUAGAGCAUUUUGACCUUCAGGGAAACUCAAUUGGGGGUCCAAUUCCAGAGUCUCUGCCUAAGCUAUCCUCUUUGUAGCACUUGCAUCUCAGGGACAACAAAUUGACGGGCAGAAUCCCAGAAAACAUCGGGCAGCUGUCGAACCUAGAGUAUAUCAAGCUUGAUGGAAACUCAAUCGAGAGUCCAAUUCCAGAGUCUCUGUCUCAGCUAUCCUCUUUGCAGUUAUUGGGUCUCAGGGACAAUAAAUUGACGGGUAGAAUCCCAGAAAGCAUUGGACAGAUGUCGAAUCUAAUUUAUCUUAACUUGUCCAACAAUCUCUUGAAAGGUGUGGUGACCUAACUUCACUUGGCUUAUCUCACAAGCUUAUUUCAGUUGGACAUUUCGUCAAAUGAGUUAGCAGUCAAGAUUAAUCCAAAAGUGGUUGCUCCAUUUCAACCUGCAUUCAUUGACAUGUCAAACUGCAAAGUUGGGCCUCAAUUUCCCACAUGGCUUCGAGUGCAGAGGAACAUCGAUCACCUGGAUUUGUCCAAUGCAAGCAUAUCAGGUAUCAUCCCUGAUUGGUUUUACAACAUCUCUUUUAACAUCAUGAACCUAUAUCUGUCUAGCAAUGAGUUGAGUGGGGAAAUUUCUCUGUGCAAUAUGAAGUCCUUACAAGAAUUUGACCUCUCAAAUAACAAACUGUCUGGCAUGCUCCCAGAGUGUUGGAAAAGGUUACGUCAACUGCAAGCAAUAAACUUGGGGAACAACCAGUUCAGUGGCCUGGUUCCAACAUUCUUAUGCUCUAUGAAAUAUACGUCCUUUCUGGGGCUACACGGCAAUGCCUUCAGUGGGAGUAUCCCCAAAUGCUUAAGCACUAUGACUUAUCUUAAUGUGCUUGAUCUGAGUCGAAUAAAUUGGCUGGUCGAAUCCCCUCCUGGAUUGGUCGCAUGGUUAGGCUCGAGGUGUUGAAUCUUCAGUUUAAUUCCUUCUAUGGAGAGAUUCCUAUGAGCAUAUGCAAACUCAGCUACCUUCAAGUUUUAAACCUUGCACACAACAACCUCUCUGGAAGCAUCCCCCUUUGCUUUGACAACUUAACCACCAUGUCCGACCCAAAGUACCUUCAUGAUACAAACACCUUUUAUGGGUUUGGAGUUGAGGUCCGUAUGAAGAGCAUAACCCAAGUAUACACGAAAGCACUCCCGUAUCUUUUCUCCAUUGACCUUUCAAAUAACAGAUUAAAUGGAGAUAUUCCAGCUGAGUUGACAUGGCUCUGCAACCUUGAAAAUCUGAACCUGUCACAGAAUGAUCUCUGGGGAGGAAUCCGUCCAGAGAUUGCCGAUCUGAAGAAGCUGGAGUCCCUUGACUUGUCCAUCAACCAACUCUCAGGCCCCAUACCUCGGACCUUAUCCGAAUUAGACUUCACAAACAGCAUGGUGAUGUUUCGGCAGGUAAAGGCGAGUCCUAUGCCCGUUGGUUAUAUGCAGGCAUCGCACCGGGCUUUGCCACGGGAUUCCUGGGAGUUUUUUUCUCAUUAUACUUCAAUCAUUCUUGGAGGCGGUCCUUCUUUCUUUGGUCGGACAAAAUUAUCACCCAAUUGCUGGUGAUGGUAGAGAUUGAGCUGCAAAAUGUUACCCGAAAAUGCAAAAUGAAUCCAAUCAGGUGACAACUGACAAGGUCCAACAAUGAGAAGCACUUGCAACGAUAGCUAUUACAAAG